AGCAGUGCUCAGAGCCUGAGGCGUGACCUGGGAAGCGACUAGCUUCAGGUCAGAUGCGCCUUGUUUCAGUUAAAACCAACAAGAUGGACUUUAAAGGGGUUUUAUAUAUUUCCGCAUCUGCAUGAUGACAGUGUACUCUUGGAUGAAAUCUGUGACAUCAAAUGCCAGUGCAAGGUACUGGAGUAAGGAACUAUACAUAUUCCCUUUUAGUUUGCUGUCUCCUUAUCCAUCCCUCCUGCAUUCAUCGUAGCGUGGAUGAAAGGUAUGAAUUGUUUCUUACUUGGGACUAGUAAAUGGAAGGUACUAAACGAUAAGGAUUUGUCAACAUGAUUUAUGGACAGUUGUUUGAAAGGACUGCCACUGACUGCGAACUUAUCAACAUAAAUGUGGGUGGAUACAAACAGAGAAUCGACCAACGUACCCUGCUACGGUUUCCUCACACCAGGUUAGGAAAACUGCUGAAAUGUGACACUGAGGAGGAUAUUUUGGAGCUCUGCGAUGAUUACAAUGUUGUGGACAAGGAAUUUUACUUCGAUCGGAAUCCCUGCCUGUUCCGGUACAUUCUGAACUUUUACUACACUGGGAAACUACACGUCAUGGAAGAGCUCUGUGCAUUUUCUUUCUGUCAGGAAAUCGAGUACUGGGGGAUUAAUGAACUUUUUAUUGACUCCUGCUGCAGCAACAGGUAUCAAGAGAGGAAGGAGGAUGUGGUGGAUAAAGAUUGGGAUCAGAAAAGCGAUGAGAGUAUUGACUCUUCCUUUGAGGAACUGUCAGCGUUGGAUAAAGAUAUGGAUAAAUUUGAGAGCAUGUGGUGUGGAAAACUAAGGAUGAAUGUGUGGAUCAGGUUAGAAAAUCCUGGACAUUCACUGUCAGCCAAAAUCUUCGCAAUUAUAUCAUUGGGUGUGGUUCUGACAUCCAUUGUGGCGAUGUGCAUUCACAGCAUGCAUGAGUUCCACCAAUAUGAUGCAAAUGAUAAAGAGAUAGUUGAUCCUGCUCUAGAAGGACUGGAGAUUGCGUGUGUUAUCUGGUUCACUGUGGAGUUUAUUGUGAGGUUCUCAGUUUCACCAUGUCUAAUGAAAUUCUUCAAAAAACCCCUGAACCUAAUUGAUUUUGUUUCAAUCUUGCCUUUCUACUUUACGUUGGCCUUUGAGACAAUGGAUGAGGACAGCGAAGAGUUAGAAAAUGUGGGCAAGGUGAUUCAGAUCCUGCGUUUAAUGAGGAUAUUCCGUAUCCUGAAACUGGCUCGGCAUUCAGUGGGUCUGCGAUCAUUGGGAGCCACACUCAGGCACAGCUACCAUGAGGUUGGACUCUUACUCCUUUUCUUGACAGUUGGGAUCUCUAUAUUCUCUGUCCUUGCUUACUCAGUUGAAAAGGAUGAAAGCGAGUCAGGACUUCAUAGUAUUCCCAUGAGCUGGUGGUGGGCAACCAUUAGCAUGACCACAGUCGGGUAUGGAGACACGUACCCUGUCACACUACUAGGAAAGCUUAUUGGAAGCGUUUGCAUUAUAUGUGGAAUUUUGGUAGUGGCUCUCCCCAUUACUAUCAUUUUCAACAAGUUUUCCAAGUACUACAGGAAGCACAAGAUGGUGGACAUUGACCGCUGCAAUGCAGAACUUGCAGAAAGUUGUCCGGAUUUACCUUAUGUGAACAUUCGAGACAUAUAUGCCAAAAAUAUGCACUCUUUCAUGGCUAGUAUCUCUUCCAUGGUUAGCACUGAUGCCAGCGAUCACACCAUAGAUGCCUCUAGCAUCCAAGAUCUUGAAAGUGUUCAUAACACUACAACAUUUGAGAACUGUUCAGUAAAAUAGAGUAUUUACACUUUUACUUUGAUGGCUAGAAUCUCUGCUUUCCUGUCAAAAUUAUGUUCUACAAUUUAUUUGUUGCACUUUAAAAUACUCAGGGUAUUAUAUGUUUGACAGACAAUAGCUACUUAACUGAUUGUAACAUCUUCAUGAAAAUGAAAGAAGCAUGUGAAUUAAUUUACUGACUUCUACUUUAUGCAAGUAUAUAUUGUUAGUGUUUUGUCUGUUUCUAAAAGAAAUGUCAAUGCAAUAAUAAAUUCAGUAAAAUGAAAAACAUAUGAUAAAGACUAUAUACCUGUGCAA